AUGAACUUCUUCAGGCGGAAAGCGCAGGUUCAGCCGGCACCGGACCGCGAGCCCCAGAAUCCGUCACCUGCCGGGAAACCCGGCGCAAUUGUCGGCACUGAGCGGUCCGAUGGCGGCGCAAGCGGCGGCGAGAAGCUCGCCGCGAUUGGCGGCGCGACGGACGGCGUGGUUCGCACUGUGUCGAGCGAUUGGAUGGGCCGGCCGGACCUCAAGGGGGAAGAGCACGUGCAUAUCCACGUGCCGGGGACGCUCGGGGUCUUGGCUCGGCCCAAUGCUACCCUGGCGGAGAUCUGGGAGGCUCGGCCGGACCUGCUAGGCUCGGGGCGGCGGUAUUUCCUGACCACGCGGCUUCGGGGGGAGACGGGGGGGGGCAAGGGGGGCGCGGGGGCCCGCGGAGGCGGAGCGGGUGGGGUGGAGCGCGCGAGUGCUAAGGUUGAGGUGCUGUUUCGGGGGGGAGACAGACUGAGGGCGGGUCUGAGGACCAUGGGCGGAGGACCAUGGGCGGAGGACCAUGGGCGGAGAGAGAGUGGCAGUGAUGUGGGGUGGGGGGCUGGAUUGGUGAGAGGAGGGAGUGAUGAGGGUAAAGGUGCGGAGCAGAAGUCGCUGUCUUCUCGCCUCACAUUCGCAUUGCUCUUGUUUGCUGGAAUAGUGUGUGAUGGCCGCGUGGAGGAGGUCCCAGGAGGCACCACGCUGCAGCAGCUGUGGCGGCGGCACCCCACCCUGCAACCAGCACUAAUAUGCUUGUGCCUCCUUCCCUCCCUCUUCUCCUGCUCCCCAGCAUGUGACGGCCGUACCGAAGAGGUCCCAGGAGGCACCACGCUGCAGCAGCUGUGGCGGCGGCACCCCUCUCUCUGCGACGGCCGCCGCUACUUCCUCGUCACUCACCCUCACACGAGCAAUCAUGCUCACACAAGCACCGCUGCUGCUGCCGCUGCUACUCGUGGUGGUGGUGGUGGUGGUGGUGCCAGCGCGGCUGCUAAUCCCGGUGCUGCGGAUGAUGCUGAUGUGCUGUUUCGCCCUCAGGACGUGUUACAGGCAGGGGCUUGUUACCGCGCUGAGCCGGUUAGAGGUGACUGCCUCGCUGCUUAUCCCGGUGCUGCCGAUGAUGCCAAUGUGCUGUUUCGCCCACAAGACGUGUUUCAGGCAGGGGCAUGCUACCACGCCGAGCCAGACGUGUUACAGGCAGGGGCUUGUUACCGCGCCGAGCCGACCCCUAGCUGUCAGUUGACUUUUGAGUCGACUCAAAAGUCAACUUUCCCCUCUUUCCCCUCCCUUGCCCCUGUAUGCCAGACCCCUAGCUGUCAGUUGACUUUUGAGUCGACUCAAAAGUCAACUUUCCCCUCUUUCCCCUCCCUUGCCCCUGUAUGCCGGACCCCUAGCUACCACUGCUGCCGCAUGCUGUCUCACAUUCAAUAUCCCCACUCUCUGCCGUUGCUGCUCUUUCCCCUCCCUUGCCCCCUCUCCAGGACCGCUUGCCUCGAUGCUGGCAGGAACGACCCCUUCACAAGCUCACUCGCUGUUGGCUUUAUUUCGCAAGCUUUUCUUCGCAAUUGCUGCACAGCCUUAGGACCGCUAGCCUCGAUGCUGGCAGGGGUGCCUCAAGGCACAGCGGCUCUGUCUCAAGACCCCACUCCACCGCUCUCAACCGCCACCAUAGAGCUCCCAGACGGCAGCACGCGGGACGUGGAGGCAGGGUUGACUCUCAGGGAGGUGCAUCGCAAGCUGUCGGACCACUGCGGCCGGCUGGCAAAGCUCGUCCUGCUCCCUGCUGCGGGCGGCAAUAGCACAGAGGGUGGUGGUGCUGCCGAUGGUGGUGAUGGUGCUGGUGGUGCUGCCAGUGCUGCCGGUGGUGGUGCUGCGUCAACUGCUGCGUCUGCUGGUGCUCUCGGUGAUGCCGCUCAUUGCACGUCGGACAACUCCCCCCUGCCCCGCCUGCCCUCCUUCCCCACUCCCACCCGCUCCUAUCCAUUUCCCAAAUUUCCCAAUCCUGUUCCACCCCUCCCUCCCUCCCUCCCUCCCUCCCUCCCUCCCUCCCUCCCUCCCUCCCUCCCUCCCUCCCUCCCUCCCUCCCUCCCUCCCUCCCUCCCUCCCUCCCUCCCUCCCUCCCUCCCUCCCUCCCUCCCUCCCUCCCUCCCUCCCUCCCUCCCUCCCUCCCUCCCUCCCUCCCUCCCUCCCUCCCUCCCUCCCCAUCCUGCAGCCCAGCGCACGCCAGACAAUUCUCCCCUGCACCACCUCCCCUCCUUUGCCACGCCCUCGUUCAACGCUCCUUCCCCCCUCGCCUCCUCCCCGCCUCCCACCUUGAAGCUUGAUCCGCUCUUCGCCGCUGCUGGCGCUGCUACAGCUGCUGCUGCUGCUGGUGUUGCUACUGCUGGUGCGGCUGGUGGGAGUUUCAAGGUUCGCCCACUGCACUCUCCGCUUCGCCCCUCUGUCGCUCGCUCACAUUCCUCCGACAAUCCAUCGCCAGAACUCCGCGCUGCUGCUGCUCCUGUUAUCGGAGCUGCUCCUAUCGAGUACAGAAUCGCUGGUUACACUGUCUCUGGUAACACGGUCAUGGCUCCCUUUGCUGAAACUGGUCCUGCUGCUGCCGCCGCUGCUGCUGCUGCUGGUAACCAGGUUUCCCUGGCUAGUGUUACACGCUCUCACACAGUUGGGCAGCCGGGCAAAUGGGGAGGAAGCAACGAAAUUCCAAAGGACCCCUCUGCAACCACUAGUACCACUGCCUCUGCUGCGUUGGGGGAGAAGGCAAGGUGGGAGGGUCAGGCUGAAUUGCUGCAGCAGGGAGAAAAUCAGGGCCAGAGUGGGAUAUUCCAAGGUGCCCUUGGGAAAUUCUCACAGUUUUUCAAGUGA